AUGUCGACAUGCUCAGAGCCGAGACAUGCAGAUUUGCGAGUCGAUUUCGGCUUGGACGCACAUCUCGGCCUCGAAGUGGGACUGUCGGGCGGCAAACCCGAAGAGGUCGGCGUCUCCGAGCCCGAGGAGCCCGACGAAUUGGGCAGUGGCGGUCUCCUCGACGACGACGACGAGGUGUCGGCCGGUCUUGUGGACGGCGACGGCGACGGCGACGGCGAUGUCGACGGCGACGGCGACGUCGACGCCGACGACAUGGGGCUGGAGGACGACGUCGACGCGGAAGAGGACGCCAACUACAUCGGCUCGUCGAGCGACCCGAAACGUACACGCACCGCGUACACUCGACAACAGAUCCUCGAAUUGGAGAAAGAGUUUCACUACAACAAGUACCUGACACGCAAGCGCAGACUCGAGAUCGCGCACACUCUCACGCUGACCGAGCGGCAGAUCAAGAUCUGGUUUCAGAACCGACGCAUGAAGUGGAAGAAAGAGCAUCAUCUGCCCGGCAACAAGCAACGUCUCGUCGAGCCGCCUCCACCCCACACACACCUUCGCUGCCAACAGCUCACCGGCGCCAACCUCAUCGCGUUGCACCAAACGCCCGGCUCCGCUACCCUCGCCGGCCUCACCCCCUCCGGACACGUCGGCAGACAAUUGAUGACAACGUCGACGUCGUCAACGUCGUCACCGUCGUCGUCGAGCUCGCCCACGUCCAACUCCAUCGCCGCCUCCGUGUCCGUCGCUCCGCCGACGUCAACCUCGACGUUGUCUACGUCGUCGAUGCCCUCCCCCGCCCGGCUCGGCCUCGUCUCGACCGGCUACCCGUCGGGCCUGUUGCCGUCCUACCUGCCGCCCGGAUACCCGCUUCCCGAGGCAGAAGCGCACAACCCGCUCUUCGGUUGGCCCCCGGCCAGUUACCGGGGCGUCAUGGGGCUACCGGUCUCCGAGGCACACGACGACCACGACGCCGUCUAUCACGGCGGCUCCAUGACUACCGGCCUGACGACCAGCGACUACAUCGCCUGCUACUCGGUCGAACCGGCUCGACUGGCGCCGGUUGCAGACUCUCUGGCAGAACUCGACUCCGCGUCCGCAAGCCUCGGUCGAGUCGACUAUCGAAACGAAUUGUCGCGCAGCGAAACCAGCGCCGCGGUUGCCGCGGCAGCAGCAGCCGCUGCCGCUGCCUCUUUGGGCGUGGCUCUGGCUUCAGCCGCUUGUGUCAGUCCCAGAAUGUGCCAGGCAGACAGUUUCGCCGGCCAGUCGGCCAGCGCCGGUCUGCUGGGCCAUGCCGGUUUGGCCGAGGCCGGCCGAGACGCAUUGGGCCCCGGAGACCCUUUUUCGAGGUCGGCGAUGCCGCCGGGCGAAGUCCUGCAUGCGGCAAUGUAG